AUGUCUGUCACCCUGCAUACCACGCGCGGUGAUAUCAAGCUCGAGAUCUUCUGCGAGUCCGUUCCCAAGACGGCGGAGAACUUCCUGGCCCUUUGCGCAUCUGGCUUCUACAACGGCAGCCCCUUCCACCGCUUGAUCCCCAACUUCAUGGUGCAAACCGGCAGCCCGGCCUCGGACCCCAAGUCUAAGACCUCGACAUCCAUCUACGACGCCACCCCGGACCAGCUGUUCGAGGAUGAGAUCCGCCCUGCGCUAAGGCACAAUGCAAGAGGCAUAGUCGCAAUGGCCAACAAGUCCUCUCCUAACACGAACGGGAGCCAAUUCUUCAUCACAUUUGCUCCGGCCCCGCAUCUGGAUGGAAAGAAUACCGUGUUUGGCAAGGUGCUCGAGGGCAUGGAGGUAUUGGAUGAGCUGGAGAAGCUCGAGGUGGACAAGAAGUCAAGGCCAAAGGAGCGCGUGGAGAUCAAGAACAUCACCAUACACGCCAACCCUCUCGCCGGAUGA